AUUGACUUGGCGCAGGAGCAGGUCCUGGUGGAGGCCAGCCUGACAUCCCAGGAGGUGCAGAGACUGAUCGAGAGCACAGGGAAAAGGGCGGUGCUUAAGGGAGUGGGCGCUGCAGGCCAAGACCUGGGCGUAGCCGUGGCGAUGAUGGGAGGGGCAGGCCCUGUCCAAGGAGUGGUUCGCUUCGUCCAGGUUAGCCAGGACAGCUGCUUGAUUGACGGGUCCAUUGACGGGCUGGAGGCGGGACCUCACGGCCUCCACGUACAUGCAUUGGGUGACCUGACCAGGGACUGCCUGAGCUGUGGGGACCACUUCAAUCCCAAUGGAAAACAGCAUGGCGCCCCCCAGGACACAGAAAGGCAUGUUGGUGACCUGGGGAACAUUGUGGCGGAUUCUAGUGGCAGAGCCUCGUUCCGAUUGGAAGACUCCCAGCUGAAGGUUUGGGAUAUAAUUGGACGUUCGCUGGUGGUGGAUUCUGGAGAGGAUGUUGGCAAGGGGGGCCAUCCCUUGUCAAAGCAAACCGGGAAUUCUGGAGAGAGGUGGGAAUGAUGUUUAUUUAUUCUGAAAGAAACUGUCGAACCAACUAUAGGCUUGCAAUUUUACAUCAGACUUUUCUUGAGUAGUAAUCUUCAGUUAAGGUUAUUAGUCAUCCCAACUAUAGAGAAAAUUGGUUAGACAUUAAUUCAUUAGAACAAGGGUGAAAUGUAGGGUUGUCUUAAAAAUAAUGUUGAAAGGAAACUAAAGCAAGGAAUUACAGCAGUAUUCUUAGCAAAUGUUCAUUUAAAAUUGUGUAUGGGUUGAUGUGAUUGUCAUUUGGUUAGUGGUUGGGUCCAUUUAUGUGUGCAUGUGCGCAUGUCCAUGUUUGUGUGUUUGUGUAAGUCUGUG